AUGGACGAUCUUCUGGCGAAUAUGCAAACUGUGAUACAGGAAGCCCUUGAUGGGGUCGUUUCAGCGCGUUCGUCCCCAUCCAAGAGGUCGCAAGCCCUCGAUGAGCUUGAACAAGUACUUGCGAAGACUCUUGUGCGAAAUAAAGGGUCCGGAUAUAUGGAGACCUUCCAGUUCUUGCAGGAUACAUUUGAGUGCAACAUACCUUCUCGCUUGAUUGACUGGACGUCUACGGCGAGCUUACGGUUGGAUCAUCUACUAAGUCGCGGGAUGUCGGACAGUGAGAAGGGCACAGAGGCCGCAAUCCUUUCCGGCCAACUUGUUCAGGCGUUAUCCUUGAUACAGGGUGUCGCACUGGUGCAUCAUCGCAGUAAAGUACUUCUCGGCGGCGAACAUGCGCAAGAGGUCCUCGUGGAUCUCUUGUGGGCAUCACGACACUCUGGAUAUCCCGACUCGGACAAUGCUACCUCGAGCACACCAUCCACGCCCACCGCUUCUAGCUCAAAGCCGAAGGCACCUGUCACUUUAUCCUCUGCAGUCCUCGAUACGCUGUUGUGCAUCCUCGUCGACUCGUCUCCGGCAUUGCGCACUUUCGAGAAGGUUGGUGGAGUCAAGACGGUGGUCAACCUCGUUAAGAGGCCAAAAGCGCUGCGCGAUGCGAAGAUGAAGUGUUUGGAGUUCCUCUACUUCUACCUGUUGGACGAAUCUUCACCGGACUCGCUGUCUUCAUCAACAUCAGGCGCGCCUGCAUCGUCUACCUCGUCACUUUCAGCAUCGCCAACGAUCGAAUCGCGCACACGCCGUGCUGGCCGAGACGCAUCAUGGGGCUCCAACGACUCGCACUCAUCCAACUCUUCCCAAUCCUCAUCAUUCUCCCUAUCAUCUUCAACGUCAGCGACAUCAAUCUCCUCGGCCGAUCGUUCACCGCGCACACCACCGCGCUCGCCGAAUGCACCAGCAGGAGCAGCGACACCCCGCCGCCCCUUCGCCAAACCGCGCGCCCUACUGCUCUUACAAAAAGACGUAGACUAUACCCCCCUCAGUCCCAAGAAAGUGCACGGUUCACGCGCCGUGAGCUCGCGAUACGGUACACCUCUCAAAGCGCCCUCACUGGGCGUCGGGAUACCGAGUACACCUACGACACCAACGCAGUCUUCGUCGAGAAGGCCGAGCGAGGAUACGAGUGCGGCUGCGGAGGCGUGUAAUCCGGACGGGACGAGGAGUACGGAGCAGAAGAAGGAGUAUUUGGGGACGAUGUUGGGGAAUGUUGAUGCGCUUGUUGCGGGGGUUAGGAGUGCGGCUGUCGCGUUUGGGCCUGCGUAG